AAAAUUUAUGAAGAGUAGCAUAUGUUGGGUAGAAUGAUAGGUUAUUAUUGCAGGAGGGGAAGAAUUUCGAUUUUUCGUUUCACUGGAGUUAACUACAGGACAACUAUUUUACGGUUGAGCGAUAAAAAGAUUUACUUAAAAUGCAGCGUGUUGGAAGUGGAAAACACGGAAGUAUAUUGGAUAAAUCGUUGAGCCGAGGCAAAACAGAGGUGAAUUUUUCUUCGUUUGCCCUAUUGUUUGCGGAAAUGAUCCGAUACGCGAAUAAUCGGUCUAAUACCGUUAGCGAUUUACAAGACAAGCUUUUAGGCUAUGGGAAAUUUGUUGGGAGUCGACUGUUAGAUGUCAUUGUGUUGCGAGAGAAAGGUUACAGACGUGAGGUUAAAUUAUUGAAUAUGUUAAUGUUUGUCAAGGGAACUAUCUGGAAGAAUUUGUUUAAUAAAGAAGCUGAUAAACUAGAGCGAAGUAAUGACGAUCCAUGCCAGUAUUUACUGAUUGAAAAGGAACCUAUUGUAAAUACAUACAUAUCCGUCCCGAAAGACAAAGGAAAUUUGAAUUGUGCAUCGUUUAUUGCUGGCAUCAUUGAAGCAGUUUUGGAGGCAAGCAAUUUUUCAUGUAAAGUUAGUGCACAUUGGCAUGAUGGUACCACUUAUAUAAUUCAAUUCGAUAGGCAUGUUAUUGCACGAGAAAAUGCACUUUUGGAAUUGACGCGAUAAUCUCUUGAUACAUUUUAUUAUAUAAUGAG